CAGACUGUCGACGGUUAUCAUAAACUGUAAAUCCCGGAGCUUUUUAGGCAAGUCCGAUUUAUGCUUUUGAAAAUUUUUAACGGGGACUUGACUUCUGUCACUAGUAAGUAUUUUAGUGUUCAUGGCCCGUGAUCUCGUAGACGAAGAAUCGGGCGCCCAUUUUCGCGUAUUGUUGUUGUUAUCGAAUGUGCCUACGUAUCGGACGAAUGCGAUUGGUCGGUGGUAAAAAUUUUUUGAAAAUCAAAUAUGGUGUUACAACGCUCCAAAAACGCGCACUUUUUCACAAUCGAUGUCCGCCAAAUACGGUCUAUACGCGCGCCGCCAUCGGCUUUAGAGUGUCCACAAACGACUUCCACUCACUACUGACCAUCGGGCAGCAUUAGCUGGACCGGGGCGUGACCAACGACGAAGACUGGAUUCGUUCCCGACAGUCGAUCAUAGAAUCUCCAGGGAGACGCGACCGACGAGCAAAGGAUUCUACGGGACACGACUUCAAGGCGUUGGAGAUCAAUCAAACUUUCAUUAUCCGUCCAUUUCUUCCGAUUCCCAUCCAACCAUGUCUAACGCAGAUUUUGAUAGUCAAGACCUGAGUGGUCCAAGUGUAUUGGAUGGCGAUUACUUAACCAUGUUAAGUACUUCAGACAAGUUAAUGUCGGGUGAAUUUGAAGCUCUCGAGCGACUACAAGCUGAACUAGAUUUAUUUGAUGAUCCAAAUAGGACUGAAGAAAUUGUGGAACAAAUGGCUGUAGAAAACCAUUUGGAUUUAAUUGAAGAAGAAGUUUGUAGUGAUGCAGGUGAUGUAACAAGAAUCAAAGAUGAAAUAGAAUCAGAAAAUGAACUUAUUGAAGAUUCUGAUCAACCUCAGUUGAUGACUGAAGCACAAAUUAAGUUAGAGACUAUAGAUUUAGAUCAAGAUGAAAUAGUAUCAUUAAACCAUUCUCAAUCACAUUCUCAGUCUGAAAUGUUAUCUAUUAGUAGUUCAAGCGCCAUAAAAAGAAGUGCACCACAAACAAUGCAUGGAAAUCAGCAAUCAAAAAAACCUUUACUUACAAAAGUAAUGGUUAAUACAUUACCAAGUACUAGUACUGGAAGAAAUACUCAGCAGAUUUUAUUAAAUGUUCCAAUUGGACAACGUCCACAAUUAGGUUCCACUAGAACUAUAACACUUACACAAGCUCGUCAAAUGGGUUUACUUGCUCCAGGUUGUCGACUCCAACCUGUAACUUCAAAUCCAAACACAACUCAAAAUAAAAAUAUGGUUGUAAAUAAAAUUUCGGGAACCAUGAAGAAAGGAACAACAACUGGUACCAUGAAGUCAUCUGGACCUACUAAAAUCUUGCCAGCACCAACUCUAAUAACUACUAAAAGUCCAAUGAUGCAACAACAAAAAAUUUUUAUACGACAAGGUAGUGUUUUCAAACAAGGUACACUAGUGUCAACUAGCAAUGGUGCAAAUCAGGUUAUAAGAUUACCAUCUAUUGUUAGCCAAUCAUCAUCACCAGUAUCAACUAUCCAACAUAUACGACUUCCGACAGUUAAUGCUUCAACUGUUGCCGGUUUACAACAAGUUAGAAUGCCCGUAACUUCUGGAAUACAACAAGUGAUACCUAAUAAACAAGUUCAAUACAUUAGACUAGUACCCACAACGUCUACAAGUAGUUUAGGUUCUUCAACUGUAUCUGUAGUAACAUCAACAACAACGACUACAGCACUUCCAAAGCAACCUCAAAUAGUCACAUUAUCAACCACGACACCAAAAUCAAAUGUUAAAACUACAACUGUAGCUAAGACUUCUACAACAAACAAUCAACAGCCAGUUACUAAUCAUAUAAAAGUUUUUACUGCUUCAUCACAUACUGUGACAUCUAGUCAACAAAGACCAAUAUUACCUGCAAGUAAGCCAAGUACAAGUUCAUCUGUAGAAUCAAAAAAAUUAAGUAGUUCUAAUAUUCAAUCAACUAACUCUGCAAGUUCUAAACAAGUUUCAAUGCCCAAAAUCACAAUCAAAGAAGAAAUCAUUGACGAUGAUAUUCCUUCAAGAAAAGAAGAUAAAGAAACAAACUUAACUACCCCUACUUUACCAAAGAUUGGUAGACCAUCAUCUUCUGCCACUCCUGUGUUAUCUGAAACAAAACCUAAAUCAACGAGUGAUGUGAAUAAAACAAAAAAACCUUGUAACUGCACUAGAUCACAAUGCCUUAAACUUUACUGUGAUUGCUUUGCCAAUGGUGAAUUCUGUUAUCAGUGUAACUGUAAUUCAUGUUACAACAACAUGGAACACGAAGAGGAUCGGGCACAGGCAAUUCGCUCAGUAUUAGAUAGAAAUCCAAAUGCAUUUAGGCCAAAAAUCAAGAGCUUCGUUGGCCAAGCUGAGCGACAACAUACCAAAGGAUGUAACUGUAAGAGAUCAGGAUGUUUGAAAAAUUACUGUGAAUGCUUUGAAGCUCGUAUAGCAUGUUCACAAAACUGUAAAUGUAUUGGAUGUCGUAAUAUGGAAGACGAUUCGCAUACUUCAUUUGGAGACCAUCCUGGAUCUUUAAGUGUAGAACAUUUAAAAUCCAGAACAAAAUCGGCUAAUUUUGUAACAUCAUUUGGUAGCAUGCAAGCUGCAAAUGCUAUACCAAGUCAACCAUUCAAAUUUUUUACUAAUGAUGUAGUACAAGCAACAUGCAGGUGUCUUUUAGCACGUGGCAUGGAAGCUAAAAAAUUAAAUGCUGGUGCUGAGGAAUGUCAACGUAUAAUAAUCGAAGAGUUUGGGCAAUGCCUUGUCAAGAUCAUGGAAUUAGCGUCUGAAAAAUCUUUUUUAUAGUCAAAUACAUUUUUUUUAGA